AUGCAGGAUGUUCAAAAUACGUUUAUGACACCUCUAAUGAGUGCAUCCCAAAGUCUUAAUACCAACCUUUAUAAAAAUGGAUCUCAUAGUGUGGACGCUAAUGUAUUUAAAUCACAAAAUAGUCUUGCCAAUGGAUUUCAAUUUGAACGCAAUGGUGGUGGCCUUUCAUGUGCUCAUGCUAAUGGACAUGGUGCCAGCUUGACACAGAGCAGUAUUCCUAACUUUGGUAAACAGUUGGAAUUUGGUGGAAAGGCAAAUUUAUGGUCAUCACAAGAUCGUAAUACUCGUUUGGAUUUAAGUGGAACCGCAUCAAAAUGGAUGAGUGGGCCAUUCAGUAAUCAAAAGACCGACUUUGGUGGAAAUUUGGGUCUAACACACUAUUUCGGUUAAAAUUAAUUUACUUUUCACUUUGAUUGUAUUUAUUUAAUUUUUAUA